UCGCCGCUGGAGGGGGCGUGCGUGCGUGGGAGGACUCCCCACGUGACGCUCCGCCUGCCACGUGUCGCCGGCCUUGCCAGAUGGCAAUCACACAACGAUCUCCAAUGAGCGAGAGCCAUUUUGGCGGGAAACUGCGAAGAUUACCGGCAGCUGCUGCGCCCACAUGAGCAUCGAAAGACCGGGGGCGCGGGCGAGUACAGAGCACUGCGCGCCAUGGUCUAUUGGAGGAUUAGCGGCAUUGGGAGAGGCAAGGCGGGCUCCCAAUUAUUAGAGUAGUAAUCACUGUAAUUGAUUGAUUGAUCUGUCCAAUCCUGGCGAUUCAAGCAUCUGUUUUGGGAGGGAAGGCUACAAAAAUGGCGGGAACCGGUGUGAGGCAGGGUGCCUUGCUUUACCAGGGCGUAAAUCGGUCUACUUUUGCGUUCAAGCUUAUGAAGCAGAUGGGAUGGGAGGAAGGAGAGGGCCUCGGCGUAAACAAACAAGGCAUAAAGUCUCAUGUUCGGGCAACAAAGAAGGCUGAUGUUACAGCUGGAGUGGGCCUCGUCGAGGCGCGUAAGAUGGCUUCUGACUGGACAUGCCAUGCAUCCGUAUACGACAAGCUGCUCAAGAGUUUGAAAUCGGUGUAUGAAACCUCAGCAGCUCCAGGUGCAAAGAGGGAUUCCGAUGACGAUGAUUCCGACUCCGACUCAGAUAUUAGUGAAGAAAAGGGUGUGGUGGAUGCUGCUAAGAAAAACUCCGAAAAGGGCGGCGGUGGCGGCGGAGACGAUCCGUCGAAGAAGGAAGAAGUCAAUGCGCCGAAGAAGAAAGAAGCCAGUCCGCUGAAGAAGGAAGAACGAAAACCGGAUGUGAAAGAGCGGGAUUCAGUGGCUGUUAAGACCGGAGAGAACCCUUCUUCUGGAGCAUCCAGCAGGAGUGGUGACGAGGAGCUGCCGAAGACCUCUCGGAGUCUUAAACCAUUAAGAGUCGUCCGUGUGGUAGAUGCGUCUGCAAAGGCCUUGGAGGAGGCAGCAGAUGCGCCCCCUGUCGGUGAGUGGUGGGGAUCGAAAUUUGGCUUUGUUCGAGGUGGGACUCUGUGUGGAAGCAGCGAGAGGGAUGCUCAACGUGCGAAUGGAGACGAGAGAGAUGCAAAGCCGAGCUCGGAAGAUAAAAUUCAAAUCUCCAUGUUUCAAGAGGAGGAUCAGGAGCGGCUGUACAAGACCGUCCAGGAUAAUGCAACAACUGGAAAAAUGGGGUUAGGGCGGUCUAGCAUGCCCAAGAAGGUGGCGGGAGCCCGUUGGACAGGAAAGAAGAUGCAGUUCUGCAGUGAUGAUGAAGAGGACGACGACGACAAUGAGGGCAUGGACUCCGAUAAUUGUCUGCCGAAUGGCAGCUGUGGAGGGACUUCUACUGAAACUGCUCCUGGUCCUGAGGAUGAUGUCCCGUCCGUCGCCAAAGAACCAUGCGAGGACAGCGAUGCGAACUGCGUCAAGAAUGCAGUGCAGCCCGAUGAAGGCGAGCAAGUGGAGAAGCCGACUGGACAGCACAAGGAAAUGAAGUCCAAGAAGGAAAAGGCAGGGAAGAAGAAAAGGAAGAAGAGGGAGAUGGGAGGUGAAGUGCGGGAGGAGGCUAUCAGAGCUUCUCCCAAGCCUUCUUCAAGCUGUGAACAGGCCAGCAUAGAAGAUUGUGCAGACGAUGAUGGGAUACAGAAGAACCAUAGCAAGCUGACGACUGUCGAGCAUCCUGAUGGUAAUAUAGAUGCGGGCGCACGGGUCGGAAAUGGAGAGGUAGGCGGCGUUGUGGACAAUGGUGUGACAGAGGCAGGGGGUUUGGACGGCGUUCGUUGUAAUUCGGGAAAUCAACGAAGGAAAGGCAAGGUCGAUGACAGACGGACAAGGGAGGUGUCAGGGAAAGAAGCACGUGAAAGUUCAGGUCGUGGUGAUGAAGAUGAGGUGGCUGGGAAGAGCGAAGACAGACGAGAGAAGAAGCGCAGGAAGAAGGCGAAAGAUGCCACAGCAGUUGCAGGCUCAUCUGAGGCGGUUGUGAUGGAGGCAGCUGCCGGUGCCAAGCGGUUGAGCAAGGAGAGGCAUGACAAUCCCCACUCAAAAAACACGGAGUGCCGAACGCGUGCGAAAAAAGGAAUAGGCAAAGAGGAGCGGGUGUGUGGAAGAGAACGGGAAGAAGAAAGAGAUGGUCCCACCGAAUUCAACCAUGCAUCAAGUCCAAAUGCAGGUGGAGAGCCAGAUAUGUGGUCGGAGAAUUUGGAUAAGGCGCUGAAGAGAGUGAAGUGGAAGAGGCUCACGGCAGAAGUACUUCAGAAGGCUUUGAGUGAAGGCGUCAAGCUUAGAGUGCUGGAGAGAAUGGUUCGUAGGGCGGUGAGAGCUAUGGACGCCAGGAUUGACGAGACAAAACUUCACUCCCUUUACAGACGGAAGGUCAGGUCUGGAGGUAAUGGUGGCUUAAGAGGGGUUGACAGGAGAAGGAUUAUUUGAAUGGGGUACCGAAAAGCAGAUGAGGCAUCAAUCCGAUUGCAGACGGAGAAGGAAGUCUGACAUCGAAGGUCAAAAGACUCAACGGCGAGCGAACCUAUAGGAGACCGUUGUGCCGAAUGGCGCAGAGCAUACGUUGUUUCUCUUGCCUGCGACCGCCGGAGAACUGCUCGGCUAUCUUGCAAUGCAACCUUCAGGCGGGGGCGCGCGGACUUUUCUCUGAGUAGCCAUACCCAGCUGAACGUCAGGCUUGGCACGUCAGGCUCGGCACGUCAGGGUUAGCAUAUCAGACUCAGCACCUCAGGAGGGACAAUCCGGACACAUGGAUGUGGAAACCAUGUCAUUGUAUUGCGAGAGAGACAAUGACGGUUCCCGCCAAGCGUAAAAGUAUAACUACUUCUAGCUGUGCAAAGGAGAAGGUCACGGAGUCCUUCAUGCUUAUCCUGCUGCAGCACAGGGGCGGAAAAAUGAUCUUGGACAUAAAAGAGUGUGGAUGGUUUUGUGAGGCACUCCUUGUUUGACUCUCCUGCGUGUAUCGUCCCCCUUUUGAUGCACCCUUUUCUUCCUUGAAUUUUUUUUUUCAGCUCAGCAUAUGAAUAUGAAAUCUUUUAUUAGCUGAAGAAUAUGAAAUCUUUUUUAUUAGCUAUAAAAAGGCAUCCACCUUGCUCGAGGCAGAAGGUCACAAGUUCGAUUCCUAGGGACGUCAACUUUGGCAGUGUGAAAUGGACAGGACAGAAUCACUGAUGAUCACUCAGUGACGAGGACUAGUAUGAUGACUAGCGCAUGGAGAAUGUGCACCUAACCAUGAAAUCCGUGAUUGUGCAGAUGGAGUGAUGAAUUGAUGACGAGGCAGCAUCUGAAUAUGAGUGAAUAAAAUAAAAUAAAGUAAAAUAAAAACAAAGAA